UGGAGAACGGCGUCCGUCGCAGAGCACCCGCACCGGCGUCCGCGGCGUUACGCACUGCACGUUACACACAAUCAAAUACUCUUUCUCGUCUACACGCGCGCGCAUAUUUUAUACAUAUAUAUAUAUAAAUAAUAAAACACAAAAAUAUAUUUUAUAUACAUCAUAUACGCGGUUUAAACGGAGCGCCGACCGGGCCCCCCUCGGUAACCGAACCACAUAGACAUACUUACGACACAACACGAUGGCUGCGCCGCUCGUAUGUACGCGAUUUAGUGACAAUUACGAGCUAAAAGAAGAACUCGGAAAAGGUGCUUUUUCCGUAGUACGUAAAUGUAUUCAAAAACACACGGGACUGGAGUUCGCAGCCAAAAUAAUCAACACAAAAAAACUAUCUGCCAGAGACUUCCAAAAAUUAGAAAGAGAAGCAAGAAUAUGCCGGAAGUUACAACACCCCAAUAUCGUUCGGUUGCACGAUAGCAUCCAAGAAGAAUUAUUCCACUACCUUGUGUUCGACCUUGUAACGGGUGGCGAACUUUUUGAAGACAUAGUAGCGAGAGAAUUCUAUAGUGAAGCAGACGCUUCUCAUUGCAUCCAGCAGAUACUGGAAAGCGUAAAUCACUGCCACACCAACGGUGUAGUUCACAGGGAUUUAAAACCGGAAAAUUUAUUACUGGCUAGCAAAAUUAAAGGUGCAGCAGUUAAAUUAGCUGAUUUCGGAUUAGCUAUAGAAGUUCAGGGCGAUCAACAAGCGUGGUUUGGUUUCGCUGGAACGCCCGGUUACCUAUCACCUGAAGUACUGAAAAAAGAGCCAUAUGGAAAACCAGUAGACAUAUGGGCCUGUGGUGUAAUACUUUAUAUUUUAUUGGUCGGUUAUCCACCAUUUUGGGAUGAAGACCAACAUAGACUGUACGCCCAAAUUAAAGCUGGCGCUUAUGACUAUCCAUCGCCCGAAUGGGAUACCGUAACACCAGACGCAAAAAAUCUUAUCAAUCAAAUGUUGACUGUGAACCCAGCUAAAAGAGUUACCGCUUCCGAUGCACUGAAACACCCUUGGAUAUGCUACCGUGAAAAGGUUGCUUCAGCAGUGCACAGACAAGAGACGGUCGACUGCUUGAAGAAAUUCAACGCCAGAAGAAAACUAAAAGGUGCCAUCUUGACAACUAUGCUGGCGACGAGGAACUUCUCCAGUAAGUAUGAUGUACACGGUCGUAGUAUUGUAACUACAAAAAAAGGAGACGGAUCUCAAGUAAAAGAAUCAACUGAAAGUAAUACGACUUUAGAAGACGACGAUGUUAGGGAAGACAAAAAAGGGACUGUGGACCGAAGCUCUACAGUAAUUGCCAAAGACGCAGAAGGAAAUACUGGCACCCCGCCACCAUCUCCGGCACCAUCAAACGUGUCCACCAGUAACGUGCUGGGCUUCUUCAAGAGUUCUUCGUCCACUUCAUUAGGAUCGAAGCCCAAUAAAUUGACCGUGAUUAACAACACAACUUCUGCGGUCGCCAACAAUUCCCAUAACGUUGUCACACAAGCACGUAAACAAGAAAUCGUCAAGAUAACCGAACAAUUGAUUGAAUCGAUCAAUAAUGCCGAUUUUGAAGGAUAUACAAAAAUUUGUGAUCCUCAUAUGACUGCGUUCGAACCAGAAGCACUUGGAAAUUUACUAGAAGGAAUGGAAUUCCACAAGUUCUACUUUGACCAUGAAUCUGUGUUGACAGUUUUAGGAAAGAACAGAGGAAUUAACACCACUGUACUAAAUCCUACAGUACAUUUACUUGGCGAUGACGCAGCCUGCAUUGCAUAUAUUAUACUUGUACAAUAUAUUGAUAAACAAGGGGUUCCCAGAUCACAUCAAUAUGAAGAGACGAGAGUGUGGCAUAGGCGUGAUAAUAAGUGGCAAAACGUGCAUUCACACAGGUCUGCAUCAGUAGCAUCCACCAACAGUGCGUUUCUCCCGUCGUCUGGCACAGGCAAAUAACCGAAAACAAACGUUGUUAAAUUGAAAAAUCAUUAUCCGAUGGUAAUAGAACAAAAAAAACCCAUACAAUUAGACGAUUUUUUGUUCCUUUUACUUUAUUUCAAUUAAUCUUCUACUAUUUUAAUUUUUUCUUUUGACUGAUAAUUAUGUUGAUUAUUUAUAAUGAUGAUAAAUAUUAAAUAUACAUAUAAAAGGCGUGUUAUAUGUAUAUUUUGUUGUUUUUAUUAUUAUAUUAAAAUUAUAAAUGGUUAAAUUAUAUAAAUCCUAUAUUAUAAAUAUUAUACCAACAUUUGAGAAGGUAGAUUACAAAAAUCCAUUAAAACAAAAAUAUUAAAGUAUCAACUUGUAAUAAUUUUAAAUGAGAAAACAGCUUAAUGAAGUUAAAACUAAUUUUGAAAUUUGAUUACAGUUUAGUGGGGUUGAAAUAUAUUAAUCAUAUAUACGUGAGAACUUUGCCUCCUAAAACUACCAUGCCCGGUUACAAUGUUUAUUCAAGUUAUUAAAAUAAUAUGUUGAUUAUAUUUGUUGAAUAAAAAUUGGGUUUAAUUUUUGCCAAUAAAAUUAAUAUUAAUAAAUUAUUAAAAAAACAACUUUUAUUUUAUAAUAUGAAUAUAAUAAAAUAAAUAAUUUAUUUGUUCAAUUCAACUUUAGAGAGGUUUAGUUCAUUUAAAUAUCCUCAAUAAAUAAAACUUUUCUUACAAAAAUUCGCUAUUCACAGAAAUUAAAAUAUUUAUUUAUACAAUUUUAAGCGCACCAAUUUACUAAAUUUGCACAUUACGUAAAAAUUCAAUAUCGAUGAUUUUUUGGCUUGGGCAUGUCGCAUUUUUAUUUUUCUUAUAAUUAGUAAUAAAAUUAUAACCCAUCAACCGAUAUUAAAAAUUAUAGGGGUUAUAGAUUAUAUAUAUAAUUAUAUAAAUUAUACUAAUAAUUAAACAUUAUUAAACAUAACAAAUCUGUUAAAUUAUGUGUCUCUAUUCAUCACAAAUUAUUAAAAUAAAAGUAUACACUUGCAUAGUUAUUGGUUGGGAUAUGGUUGUUACAUCCCACCCAUGACAAAAAUUGUUAUAUGCCAGAUAAAUUUUUUCUUUGUUUAAAGGGGGGGUCUGAAAAAUUUUCUUAUAUAUAUUCUUCUCGUAAUGAAACCCUAAUUACGCCAUUAAAAUUAUAUAAUUUCAGUUCAAAUUUAGAUUCUUAACUAAAUUUUUUUUACGGUUGGAAUUAGUUAAUGUUUGGUCAAUGUUUUUCAUUAAAAUUUAUAAAAUCUAAAAUAUGUAAUACAUAGUAUAUUAACUCUUGUGGAUUUUCUUAAAAUCGUUGAACAAUCUUAAGGUUGACAACAAACCAUUAUAAUCAUUUUGUAUAAUAUGAGGUUCCUAUUUGAGAUUAUCAAUUAUAAUAAUAAUAAAUAUAACAGAAAAAAUAUUAUUUUUCAUGAAUUUCAAAUAAAAACAUAAUAUCUUACUUUGUUAUAUUUUAUGGUAUUAGUAAAUAAAGACAUCCAGUUAAAAAUUAUGUUAAAAUUUAUCAUACAUAAGAAAUAACAUAUUACUAAAUUUUAUUUCAUUAUAAAACUUCAAUAUUGUUUUUUCUAAUAUUUUUAUCACGGUUAUAAUGUUUUAUUAUAAAACAGCAGAAAAUGCUUCUUUUUGUUAAUAAUGUCUAAUAUAUAUAUAUAAACAAUUUAAAAUUAGAAAGAUAUUAUAACAUUUAUAAACCUACUUAUUAUUCAUACAGUAAUUAAUAGGCAUGUAUCCUAUGUAAAUUAUGUUGUAAAAUAUUACUACCUUUUCUUGUAUGAUUAAUUUUUAAGUACAUCAUGUUGUUCUUUCACCUCACACUUGUAUAUUUAACCUUAAGAAGUGUAUUUAAUUAUAAUAAUUCUAGUCAAACUAAAUUUUGUUUAUUUUUAUUAUUAGGGUUUAUAAAUGUAUAUUAUUACAAUAUAUAAGUUAAAAAUUUAAGCGAGUUCAAAAAAUUAAAUCUAUUCUCUCCUCGCUAACUGUGAUCGGUUUUCAUGCAGAGGAAAUUAAUUUAAAGAUAAUUAUUGCUGUUUUUUUUAGCAUUUUAAAGGUUUUUAACUAAAUAUUGAUUCUACAUAAAAUAUUAUAACAAAAAGACUGGUGCUUUAUGUUCACUAUUUAAACUAAAUUUUCUUUCAAUUUUUAAAUUUGUGAGUUUUUCAAAAUAUAAUUGUUUUUUAAAUUAAUUUAAUAAAUCACAUUUCUGAAUAAUGUAAAAUUAUUAAACAACUUUAUUUUAUUUAUAAUUUAAUGUUUUGUGAUGAUUUUGAUCAUCACAUUCUUUGUAAUUUGUUAAUUGUAUUAUUACUUAUUAUUAUAUAUAUUCUAGCUCUAUAACUUUGUUGUUGUUACUUC